CGGAGGGCGCGCCCAGAAGGAAGACCAGAGAGAAAGGAAGCCGUGGGCCAACAUGGAUUCUGCGAGUGGCUCCGCCGCUGCGGUGGGGAACGGGGGCCUGGGGUCCCAGCGGGAUCGGAGCCUGGUGCCUGAACGGCUUCAGAGGCGAGAGCAAGAGCGGCAGCUGGAGGUAGGGAGGCGGAAGCAGAGGCGACAAGACCAGGAGGUGGAGGAGGAGAAAAGCGACUUUUUCGCCGCUGCCUUCUCUCGGGAACGAGCGGCGGUGGAAGAGCUGCUGCAGGCCGGGGAGUCAGUCGAGUGGUUGGAGGAGGCGGCCGCCAGGCUUCAGGGCCUGCAGAAACUUCUCAACGACUCGAUUAUGUUCCUGACUUCCUACGACCUGCGGCAGGGACAAGAGGCACUUGCACGGCUGCAGGCGGCCCUGGCGGAGCGGCGCCAGGAGCUGCAGCCCAAGAAGCGUUUCGCUUUUAAGACCCGGAGGAAGGAUGCUGCUUCAGUCACCAAAGUAGACGGGGCUCCUGGGGCCCCCGUGGCAGAAAGCAUUCUGACCUCCCCGCCGCCGCCCCUGAAGAAGGGAGGCUUCGGCUGCACUGAGGUGUGCGGCUUUUCCAGUCUGGAGUCUCAAGUCUUAGAGAAGAGAGCAGAGGAGCUGCUUCAGCAGGACGUCCUUCUGACGGACCUGAGCAACUGCAAGAUCAAGCUGUAUGGCAAUCCCAACACGCUGCGACUGAACAAGGCCCGCAACUGCACGGUGCUCUGCGGACCCGUGUCCACCUCUGUGUUCUUGGAAGACUGCAGCGACUGUGUUCUGGCCGUAGCCUGCCAGCAGCUCCGCGUGCACACUACAAGAGACACCCGCAUCUUCCUGCAGGUGACUAGCAGGGCCAUUGUGGAAGACUGCAACGGGGUCCAGUUCGCUCCUUACUCCUGGAGCUACUCGGGCAUAGACAAGGACUUCGAAGGCUCUGGCUUAGAUAGGAAUAAAAAUAACUGGAGCGACGUUGAUGAUUUCAACUGGCUGGUCCCGGGUGUGGCCUCCCCAAACUGGAGUCUUCUUCCUGAAGAGGAGCGGGUGACCCAGUGGGACUGAGCAGUUGUCAUUCUCUUCUACAAGCCUAGCAGAUACUUCUCAUUGUAGGACUCACUCCAGCUAAUGGGACCCCAAAGUUUGCUUGCUGUUGUCACAGUGUAUGCUUUCAGUGUUUUAAGACUUGAGAUUAAGAUGGGCCCCUGCUUGUAAUUUUUGUUAUAUUCACUACAGAUCUUGACACGUUUUUGCUACUUUGGUGAUGAUGGCUAGUCAGAGCUUUCACUAUAACAGGUUUAUUUUAAAAACAAACACGGGCCCCAAAGGUGGUUGGUUAAGCACCUUCACUAAAGAGACUUAAUUGCUUUAUUUUUUCUUGCCUCACCCAGAAAUAGAAUUUUACAGGAUUCACUUGGUCCAAACUAGGGAAGUAAUCUGCUGGUUGACUUCCAGCAGCCACCUAAAAGAAAGUAACCUUGCCACAACCAGUCCACUUUCUGCUAGUAUAAUUUCCCUUUACUUAUAAAUGUCCUCAGAGCUCCUGUUUAGCAGAGGGAAUGUUUCCCAAUUCACGAAGCAUUAAAUAAAACCAAUACAAUCCUUGAAAUUUACUCCACUGAAUUUUGCUUCACAGUUGGAAGCCAUACCAGAAAAGUGCGGUUUUUUUGUUACUUUUUAACGACGUUACUUACAACUUACUGCUGUAUGCGACUUUAUGACUUGUGUCAGAGUGAUGCUCUAGUUCUCUCUGUGUCCCUCUCCUAAAUAAAUAAGUCUUAAA